AUGCAUCGCUGUCUUGAGAUUGCGGAGAUCUUCGAUCUCGUCGUCUCAUAUCUUGAUCAGAAAUCAUCUCUGACAAGUCUUGCACGAGUGUCUAGAUCAUUCAAUGAGCCUGCUAUCAACGCUCUGUAUGCUGACCUUGACAACUGGUUCGAAUUCCUGAUGUUUCUGCCUCGCGAUCUAUGGUCGUUCGGACGGACUGUCACCGGUAGCUGGCUACCCACUCAGAUACUUUUCUUUAACAGAGAUCUGACAGAAGAUGAAUGGCUCUUGUUCAUGGCCCGCGCCGCUAAGGUCCGGACUAUCGGAACACCCGUGGUUGAUGAAGGCUAUAGAAAACUAGGAGCAUGGAACACCUUCACGUACGAUCCCCCUCCUAACAUUAUCGAUGGGCAGAGACUCGUCGUGGCAGAUGUCUCGGUGACCGACUCUCUCAUGAAGUGCCCGCGAAGUCUUCUGUUUCCCAAUCUACGAGCUCUCACCCUGGGCGACGGUUGCCCAGUCGAGAUGUUGCGUAGAUUUCUUCCCUCAGGUCUACGCCGACUUAACGUCAGCAACCAGACUAUUCAAGACUUCUCGUCUCUUCCAUUUUCUAUCGCCGUCCUCUGCCCGUCAAUGGAUUCCUUCAUUUGCAGAGACGUGUACACGCUCGGUCCGGACUCCCUGCGGUUCAUCUGCGAUUGGCAGCAUCUUCGCACCCUUCAAGGGCCUGUUUAUUUCAACCAGAAGUUAUGGUCUUAUCUCGCCUCGCAGUCAAAUCUGAGCUCGUUAGAGAUACAGACUUUCGACCUACCAGAUUGGCGUAUCAUGCGAAACCGCGGUAGGCUCCGCACGGUUGACAACCUGAGUCUCACCAGCGGUCGGUUCCAGGACACUGCUGCAGCAUUGGAGAUACUAUUUGGGACAGAGAUUGUUCAUGCUUCGGCAGCGAAACCAAUUGUUCGACGACUGACUAUCAACGUUCAGCCCGCUUCUCCAGAGUACGUGGCAUCCAAGCCGCCUCAGAGCUCCUUGAAAGGGCUCACAAACGCGUUGCGGAAGCUUCUCUCAAAUGAGGACCUGAAGGAGCUACAUCUUACUCAUGCUUCAUUUUCCUACCAUUUCGGCAUCGCUCGUAUCCCGCCGGGCGCGAGCUCUUUCUACGAUGCACUGCUCCCGUUGACUGCGUUUUCGAAUGUCAGCGUCGUCACACUUUCUGCAGCGUUGGACAACAGUCACCGGUUUAGCUACUCUCAGCUCCUGUCUCUUGUCCGGCACUGGAAAUCGUUAGAAGUCCUGAGCGUUCCGUCGCUCCUUAAUUCCAUUUCUCUACAGGAGCUCCGGGAAUUAUGCCGCGUCUGUCCCCGCCUCAGAGAGGUUGACGUUCGGGUGAUAAUGGACAAGAAUCUCGUGGACUGUAUCCUUGCAGACUCGGAGGAUCUUUCGCACUGCAUGAACAACAUUACCUGUCUGACGCUGGGACAUACCUCGGAGGAGAAGGAUGACAUAAGGCCGACGGCGCUCGCGAUCAGUCGACUCAUGCCACGACUGAUGCGGGUCAGCGUAUUUGGAGAAGACCUGUCGAGUAUGUUGUUCUGGACGUCUGUCAUGAAGGAAGCGGAGAAGAUGUCAAGCACUCCAAAACGAUGGGCGGUCAGGGGCAUAGUUCAUAGGGAUAUGUCUCCGACACUAUAUGAAAUAACGGACAGUAGCUGGGGCCAGCUAAUGUGA